UGGCCAUGAUGAUGAUGACGACCUCACAAUAGAGAUACACUCAACCCCCCAUAUCUAUCUAUCUAUAAACAUGAAAGCUAUGCUACCCGUUGCUUUUUCUCAGGACCAGAGAACCCUCUUCAAUGGCCUCCUUUGGCAGGUGGAACUCUCUAUCCUAUGCCCCGCCGGCCUCGCCCUCUGCCCCGUCACUGCCGGGGCGAUCCCAGAACAGCGGUCCCCAUGAAAGCUCGCCGUACCCAGAGCAGCUCCAUAGCAGUUACAGUCGAGUGUUUCCAGCAGCACGCCCAGACUACUAUUACAUUCAGCCAUCGUUUCCUCCGGGAACAGACCUGGACGUAAUCAGGGCAUUCCACAUGGUGGACAGGGACAGGAGCGGGUUUAUUGACGAGAAUGAGCUCCGGCAGGCUCUGUGUACUGGGUAUCAGAGGUUCAAUCCGAGGACGAUAAGGCUGCUCAUGUUCCUGUUCAGGAAUCCUAGCGAUCCUCUCCGAGUGGGUCCAAAAGAGUUUGCUGCCCUGUGGAGUUGCCUUAAGCAAUGGAGGGGCAUCUUUGAGAGAUUCGAUCGGGACAGAAGCGGGAAAAUCGAUCUGGGGGAGCUCAGGGAUGCCCUCUACAGCCUAGGCUAUGCAGUACCGCCUUCUGUCCUCCAAGUCUUGAUCUCACGAUACGACGAUGGAAGUUGUCAAAGGGUUGAACUCAAUUUUGACAGUUUCAUUGAGUGCGGGAUGAUCCUGAAGGUCAUUAUCGUACUUACAUUUGCUAGGAAUACCGACUUAACAGCCCUCCCUCUAAUCCAUUAUUUUCGUGGAAUUUGCUGGCUGAGUUUGGGUUAUUUGAUUCACUUGCAGGGAUUAACUGAGAAGUUCAAGGAAAAGGAUAAAGACUAUACGGGUUCAGCAACAGUUAGUUACGAUGUCUUCUUGUCGAUGACCAUCCCUUUUCUCGUCUCAUACAAUUGACGGAUCACACAGAGUUUUGUACAUAAGUCGAUUGUUGUUUCGUUCCUUUGGUUUCCAAUAGAUUGCUCCAUCCUAUCUUUAAAUUGAAGAAGUAGAUAUGCUGGAAGUUUAAGAAUGUGUUUGGUUUUUCAGUUGAGUUUUUGUUUUAAUUGGUUUGUAAUGAUUGUAUUAUUGAAUUAUGAGAAAAAAUGUAAAAAAGUACUGAAUAAUUAAGAGAAAGUAAU